CAGAAGGAGGUGGCAACUCUUUGUUUUGUUUUUCGUUAUUCUCUACGGUUUAUUGAAUUCUAGUUGGAAGUUUUUCGGAAGAUUUGGUAAAAAUACUUAGAGAAUUUAUGUAAAAGUGCUAAAAUUUAUGGGCCAGUCAUUACAUUUUCAUACUUAUGAUAUGUAUUGGUGAAUUGCUUAUAUUGGAUAAUUAAAUAUUUUAAUACCUGCGAAGAUGAAGGUUGAUACAAGUAAAAUGAAAAAGAGUUCGUCUGAGCUUACGCCAGAAUGCAGAUUGCUCAUAGAUCAGUUGACGAAGUGUAGAAGCAAAUCUGAUAUUUCCCGGUUUCUGGAAACAAUAACAGUGUGGACAUAUGGGAAGUGUGAACUCUAUCACUGGACUCAUAUAUUGGAUCGUUUUGAUAAAAUUUUAGAGGAAGGUGCGAGGCAGGUGGAUGACAAUGAGUUCAUGUUAUAUUGCGAUCUAAAAUUUUCGAAAGAGGAUGUUCGUCUAUUACUUCUCGUUUUGAAUUUUACUACUUUAUUGAUUGAACACUCCUUUUCAAGACAUCUUUAUAAUUCGGUGGAACAUUUGACCCAAUUGUUGUCUUCUCAGAAUAUGGACAUUGUAUUAGCAGUUUUAAAUCUGCUAUAUAUGUUCUCUAAAAGAAGUAAUUUUAUACCUCGGCUAUCAUUGGAAAAGAAGGAAAUGCUUCUAACGAAACUUUAUAAUAUUGCUGAGCGUUGGGGGGACCCAAAUUAUGGUUUGGCUUUAAUAGAUUGUUGCAUAAGAAAGCCUAAACUGGAGUUUUUAUACCAACUUUCCAUUGAAUACUCGGACGAAAAUGGUCAAGUGGUUUUGUUGGAGAUACCUGAUAUGGUGAAAACAUGCAAGGGCUUACCCAUCCCGGAAGUGAUAAAAGCGAUCUGUGGUCAUAUGAAAAAUCCAUCGGAAGCAGUUAAAAUGCGAAUUGCACAUAGGAUUCGCCUUGUAUCUGGUUUUAGAGAUAAAAAGCUGCGUUUGCAGUUUGUUCAAGCUCGUCUUCAGGCUAUAUCAGUACUGAUUUAUUCUAAUGCUUUACAAGACAACGUUGAUAGAAUUCUAUAUUCCGGCUUUGGUGAAGAACUCUGCGAGUUAAUAGAUAAAGAGGAUAUAUAUUUAGUUGAAAUUCGUGCGGCCGUUCUUAGAACAUUGACAUCUAUGCUGCACUUUGACCGAAAUCCAAAUGUACCAAGACCAGGUUCGAGAUUGGCAAAGAUUAUUCAAUAUACAGGAGCAGAACGGCAAGGAGGCAUUUUGCCACUUUUAGUCCGCGACUGUAUAAUAAGCCUGACGAACGAAGGAAUUUGCGAAAAAUAUCCAUUAGUUCUUGCCACUUCAUUAUUUAGUUUACUUUAUCAUUUGGCCAGUUAUGAAGCAGGUGGUCAUGCUUUAGUUAAAAGUGGUAUGAUGAAAUCUCUGCUACAAGUAAUUAAUUGGCCUGGAGUCGAUUUGGAACACAUAACAUUUGUUACACGUGCUGUGCGAGUCAUUGACUUAAUUACCAAUAUUGAUAUCAGCAAAUUUCAUCAAUGUAAUGGUCUCAAUAUAUUUAUUGACCGGAUGGAAAAGGAAAUUAAUUGCUGCAGAGAUGCCUUGGCUAAUUUAGAAAUAAAAGUGGAUUUUAUAGACGAUGUGGAACAAAUUUCAAAUGAUCAAGGAAAUGGAGAUAAUGCACAACCAGAAGUGUUAGAAGAUAAUGAAGCCUAUGUAAGAAGAAGUGAACUGCAACGAGGCACAAGAAAGUAUAGUCGAGUAUCGAAUGAAAAAUCGGCGUCACAAUCAUCCAUAACUGAGCAGGACGGGAAAAAAUUAGCAUGCGUUACUCAAAGAGCAGCGUUAUUGAAAUCUAUGCUUAACUUCCUAAAAAAAUCGAUUCAAGAUCAUGCCCAUUUUAAUGGAAUGCGAAAUAUAAUGGAAAGUUCCUUGCCAAAAUCGUUGCAGCACAUAAUAUCAAAUGCGGAGUAUUAUGGGCCGUCAUUAUUUUUACUAGCUACAGAUGUUGUUACGGUUUAUGUUUUCAAUGAACCAUCUUUAUUGUCAUCUCUACAAGAAACGGGUCUAACUAAUGUAAUCCUUCGCUCGUUGCUACAAAAAGAAGUACCAGCCACAAGGGAAAUUUUGGGUUCAUUGCCGAAUAUUUUUUCAGCCCUUUGUCUAAAUGAACGUGGACUAAUGGAAUUUAUGUCUUAUGAUCCAUUUGAUAGAUUCCUGAGGGUAUUGCUAUCGCCAGAUUACUUAAUAGCUAUGCGAAGGCGACGGUCGUCAGACCCCUUAGGGGACACAUCUACGAAUUUAGGUAAUGCUAUGGAUGACCUCAUGAAACACCACCCGUAUUUACGUACAGACGCGAUAGAAGCCAUAGUACGAUUACUUAAUGAUUUAGUUCGAUUUGGAUCUGAUUCGAAAUAUGUGUGUUGGAGAGCACAUAAAGAUAAUAGCACAUCUAUUGCAAACACGAUCAAUCCGAAUAACCAACAUACUCCCAACACUGAGAACACACUGGAAUUAAGAUGCAAUGAAAAUGAUAGCAGUGGGGAAGACGAUGAAGAUGAUGAUGAAAUGUCUUCUGCGUCACAGCAACAGCAACAUAGACAAAAUAGAACUAUAGAGCAACAAGUACAAAUCCGAUUAAAUCAUGAACGAGAAGCCAUUCCUUUAAUCGACUACAUAUUAAAUGUCAUGAAAUUUAUUGAUGCGAUAUUCAGUAAUAGUUCAAACGGUGAUCAUUGUAGAGAAUUCGUAAUGCAUGGCGGGUUGCAACCGCUGCUUUCGUUGCUGUCAUUGCCAAAUUUACCAAUUGAUUCACCUGUAUCUACAACAGCGCAAGCAGUUGCUAAUGUAUGCAAAUCUAUUUUGAAUUUAGCCCAUGAGACGACAGUAAUAGAUAUUGCACUCGAAGAGUUAUCAAAGAUAACAAACAAAUUACAACCGCUAAUAUCGAAUUUUAAUUUUCCCGGAGAAAGUAUACUUUUACGUGAGUUAAUGGCAUGUCCCAAAUUAGAUGAUGGCUUUUCUACAGCUGAUUACACACCGCUGUUGCACAAUAUGAGUUCGGUUCAUGGAUAUGUAGUUCUUCUAGUUCAUUUAUGCCGUAACGCUUCGAGUGAAAUGCGGCUAACUUUACUAAGUCGGUGGGGAAAUAAUUCUGGUUCUGGCAUACAGUUAUUGCAGAGUUUAGUUCGUCUAUAUAUUUCUUUGGUAUGGGAGAGUACCAUCUUGUUGAGCCUGUGUUCUGAUGAGAUAAAUGAAACGGGAUUGUAUGAGACGAUUGGCGAACAAACAGCGGGUGCUGAAAAGGAUGAUUCGACUAUAAAGAAAUUGAGCUCCAUUAAAUUCAAGAUAAAAGCAGAUGAUCAACUGCGUUAUAUAAAGUCACUAUUGGCAGCUUCUUCUCGGCUAGGACGGGCACUGGCUGAACUUUUCGGAACCCUGGUGAAACUUUCUGUUGGUACACCACAGGCUCGCCAACGGCGGAAUAAUGAUUAUUCAUCAAACGCUGCAAACAGCAAGAUUCCAACAGCAGACGCUAAGGAAAUUGCUCGAGUUCUUAGCUCAAUUCUGGUAAAUGGCUUCAGCCAUGAAAAUAAUGCAACAAAGCCUGCACCAAAGUUAAAACUUACAUUUCUCAUAUGUUCUGUAGGAUUUACUGGUCCAAUGCUGUUUGAUGACAAACGAAGUUGCUUUCAUUUAAUGAUCUCUCAAUUUUGCGAAGAAAAUGGCUUAGGAGCAUUUUUUGAUAUGUUCUAUUGGGCUUUAUCGCUAGAUAAUAGUACGAAUACUUUUGGAUUUGAAAACUGCUUGUUAUUAAAUAACAUUUUACAAAACACUUCGAGUGAUGCCAAUGAAUACCCUGCAGGAACUGGAGAAUUUAUAGAUGCCUGGCUACAAUUGCUUGAAAAAAUGGUUAAUCCUCGAGGAAUUCUUGAUUCACCUUAUGCUUUGGCAACAAAAGGCAGUCAUGGUUCAGAUACUAUUGACUUCGAGCCAAUAUUUUAUUUAAUACAAAUGCAUCAACUUGCUAUGCAUGUUGUCAGGCGCAUUUGGAAACGUAAGCCCAUUCCCAAUUAUGGGGUAUCAAUAACGGAAACCAUUAUGGCUAUAUUGAAGCAUAUUAUUAAAUCAUACAGUAUGAUAUGCAAUCGCUAUAAAACACGUUUAGAUGAAAUUCAAAAUGCUGAUAAACUACUUGAACAACGGAAAAAAACUGAAAAGUCUUCAGAUGAAGGCUUUUUAAAUGCUAAUCACUUCAAAGUAUUGACGGACAUGGGAUUUGGCUCACAACACGUUAUGGAUGCUCUAAGAAAUACGCGUUCGCUUGAACAAGCAACGGAGUUUCUGUUGAAUCAUCCAGAGGCAACUACUACUGAAGCUCAAAAUACCCAAAGUAUUUCAAAUCAACUCAACAGUCAACAUGCUGGUAAUGACAUGGAAAUUGACAUAGAUUCAGCAUCGACUUCCGGUUUGAACCGAAUGAGUGUUACAAGAGGAAAUUUAAAAUAUAAACAACAUGGAGGUUUUCAUAAUGUUCAACUUUUACCAAACGAAAUAUUUAAUCAAUUUUGCAAUGACGUAUUUGAAAGAGUAUUUGCAUUUAUGGAAUAUUUGCCUGAAACUGUCAACACCGGUACAGAGCUGUUAUCUGCGCUGUACAGGCAGAAUAAUCAGCAAAAUAAACGGGAAUUUAUUGUAAAUCUUGUAAACGGUGUUACCGAAUGUAUGGAACAAAUUAUUAAUAUCAUAAAAAACGAAAAAAUAACAAAUUCAUCUGAAUUGGGGAACAUUUUCUUUGGAGAAAUUUCUACAAAACUUCUUAUACGUCUCAAAGUCUCAACAAUACUUCUAGAUGAAAAUUAUAGUGAUAUUAGGAAAGAGUUUUGUGCUAUAGUAUCCCAAGAAAAAUCUAUGCAUAUUAUAGUCAAUCUGCUCUAUGAGACUGAGGCUUUAUUGAAUGAACAGACAUUAAUAGGUGUUAAGCCACAAUCGCCUCAAUGGUUGCAAAACUUCAUAGAGUUCAUUGACGCAAUUGAUAAUGUUUGUGUAAUAUUGCAACGACGAGAAAAUAUGCGAGCCGUAUGUAGUGAUAAAUGGAGAUGGUAUGACGUUUCGACUGGUAAAUGGAACUCCUAUACCGAAUCGAAUAAUAAUUUACUUAAAAAUGCUUUUGCAAUGGGCGAAAAGUCUCAAGUGAUUAACAUAGGGCGUCAGCGAUAUACCGUUAAUUUUAAUUAUAUGACUCAAGUGAGUGAAGCAUCAGGAAGUCAUCGAUCGGUGUUACCAGACCUAAAAAUAUCGGAAGCUAUAUGCUCACUUAAAAAUGGAAAUACGAAUACGAAAACAGAUAGUAUUCUUACUCGCAGUGUGCAGUCAAAGCCUGGUGGUGAAGGUGUAAUUUAUAAAGACGAAUUAAUUUGUCUUCGUUCAUUAACCAAUUUAUCCCAGGGUAAGAAAGAUUGUGAAACUGAGGGGAACCUUGUUCAGACUAAUGAAAAUGAUUCGCAACAAACUUGUACGGCGCAAUUAGAAGAAGGGACUACAUUCGGGCAAAAGAAAAUUAAAAUUAAAAACACUUCAAAAUCAGCCCCAAAAAAAGGAACAUCAGGAUUUUCGAAGCAUAACAAAAAGAUCAUACUACACGAAGAGCUUGUUGGAUUGUCUCGCGAAAAUUGUACCGAUAUAAUUGCCUGUCUUGUCCACUUGCUAAGACCUGAAUUUAUGGUAGACUUUGAAACAAAGAUUUCCAUUAUGAAACUUUGUGCUAGAUUAACUAAGGAUUAUGAGAAUGCAAAGGCUUUUUAUAAAAAUGGCGGAAUAUCACUACUACUUAAGAUGCGUCAAGCAUGUGGAAUGAUGGAGUUUCCCACUUAUGCCAUCGUUAUAAUUCGGCAUGUUCUCGAAGCUCCCUCAGUUUUACAAGAUUCCAUCGAAAGAAUUUUGAUUACACGCUCUUCGCCAACUGUGCCCGUUGGACAUCGCGAUCUGGUAUAUUUUCUUACACAAGUAUCAUCAGCGGUAGCUAGACAUCCGAAAAUAUUUCUUUUGGCGGCAAAAGAGUCAUUGCAAGCUGAUAAUGCUUUGAGUUCGAAUUUUCCUAUAGACGAAUCAAGGUUCCUUAUAAAGUCCCAAGCCCAAAAUAAACCUGGUGACCUCAUCAAUAAUACCAUUCUAAAAAUUGAUGACGCCUCAGAAGAAACAGUAAAAGAUAUAUUGAGAGCAAUAAUUCAACCUUGUAUACAUUAUGGAGGGCUCUCCAUAGAUGAAUAUGAUGGGAGCAUAGGAAAAAUGGGGGAGUCGUCACCAACACAAGUUGAUAAAACUCAACCCAAAUCGUCUUCGUCUAAAAAAUAUACAGAAAAUAUUGAAACAAAUCCUUGCUGCUGCAGUUGGCAUAUUCCAUCUACAAGUCAUACCCACCAAAAGCCAAUAUUACCGCGAUCGACUUUAUUAAAAAUAUUAGCAGACGCAGUUAGAUCCUAUCAGUGCUUAGUACCGAAAAUUAUUAUGGAAUACAUAUACGUACCCUCCGACAGCUCACUAAUUAAAAAACCGCAGACUUGCAUCUCAUUUAUUUUAGAUAAUUUUCUACCAAUAACUAAUCGCCAACAGGACCCAGAAGUGAGUAUGAUGUCAAGAGUGCUACUUUCUUCGUUAUCAGAUUGUGUUAGUCAACCAAUAGUUCAAUCGAAAUUGGUCGAAGAGCUCCAUGAAGCGAUUGUGCGCACACUUACUGAGCCUAGUUAUACAGAAAAACACGUUCGUUUGCAAGUUCUCAUUGGUUUAAUACCCAUAAUGAUUGAAAGUCCAAUGUUGUCAAACAAACUGCAUUUGCAACGCAAUAAUAUGUAUAGAAUUUUGUUAAAGCAAGGAAUAAUGACUGAUUUGGCAAAAUUGGCGCAAUAUAAAGAUUUGUCGAAUUCAAACACUCUGACCACAGUGCAUUCAACUUUACGUCCAAUGGAAAUUUUAUUAAGGCUUACUAUUACACCAGGCACUCUUUCUUCUAGGAAAAUAUUUUUUGGCACUCCACCAAACGGUAACAAUUCUGUUGUGAAUCGCCGUUUAUAUCCAAGGUUAACAUCACGCAUAUCUAAUGAAAACGCUGGGCCUGUAGGUAGUGAGCACGUGCUCCGUGAUAUUAUUCGGAACGUUUUAUCCGAUCGUAGACAGGCAUUCGAUUUUAUUUUGAAUGGCGAAGAUAUAUUCUUAGAUUCAGAAGAUCCAAUUAACUCCAUGGCGACUGGUAACGAUGACGCCACAGAAAAUGUGCGGGAAUCACAACUUUUAGCUUCAACAAACUUACGACCUCAAAUUAAUUUUGAUCAACUAUGGGAUGAUCUUUUGCAAAAUGGCCAUGUAGCAUUUUUAGGCAGAAGCUCUGAUUCUAAUAAUGGCCCUGCUGAUGGAAAUAGAAUGGACUCAAGAAGUAACCGAUCAGAUGGCAAUCAAGUUGUCAAUACGGAAAACGGAGCAAAUGGUGGUAGUGAUGGCGCAUCAACAUCUUCGGAACUUGUCGCAGCUGUUGUAGACAACUCAACUUCUUUAUUGGGAGAAGUUAGCACAAGUGAAUCUGAAUCAGACUCAAAUGCUUCUACAGAAAAUGAACGCAAUGACGAAGACGAGGAUGAUGACGAAGAAGAAGAUGGUAAUGAAGAAGACGUGGAAGAUCAUAGUGAAACAGAUGCUGAUGAAGAAACCCGUCAAUUUAUUGAAGUUUUUGAUCAUAUUUAUGAGCCCGAAUCUUCAGAAACUGCGUCAAAUGAUGCCGAUGAUGAGGCAUCAGAAGUCAGUGGUAGAAGCGGUGAACAAGUGGUCAAUGGAUCUGAUGCUGAUGACGAAGUUUCAGAGGUUAGAGGAGGAAUUUGUGAGCAAGUAAAUAAUGGUGAUAAUAAUCUUAAUGCCGAAAAUACAAUAGUAAAUUCGCCCGUAAUUCGAGAGGCUCGUGUGGAAAGUCAAAAUGAUAUGUUGUUAUUGUCUGAACCGGUUACACGAAGUAACGUACAGCCGUCCCCGAAUGCUGUUAGCAACAUAGUUCAAGAAUCUUUUGCAGAUAAUAAUCUGACAAAUACAGACGAAAGUUCAGUUCGAACAAAUCCUUCAUCUGUUUGGGUAGCACCGAGGCUCGGUCCAACUAGAACAGAUUUAAAUUUUGUGGUAAAUACUGAAAUGGGAAAUACUUCUACUACUAAUCAUGAGCGCAGUCAAAACAAUACGAACACAGUAUACGUUGGAUCAACAAAUAACCAAACUACAACAAUAGGAAGUUUGAUUCAAAGGCGUGAAUCUACCAGGCGUUUAAUUUUGCUUGAUCAACAGUAUUGCACUCUAAUGCCAUCAUUUAAUAAUCCGACCGAAGAAGGGCAACUUGAUAUAUUCAAUCAAGAUAGCUUACAUUGGUGGCUCGAGGAGUCUAAGCAUUUGGACUUAGAGUCCCAAACAGAUACAUGUUUAUAUGUUGCCCAUCUUCUGAUUCCAUUUUUAAUUAGAGCAUUCAAAGACAAUCAAAAGACGAAAUCUAUAGAUCAACCACUAUCCACUACCACUUACAAUUCUCCUAAUCGCCGCAGUGCCAUACCUGUAUUCAUUCAACAGACUACUAAUUCUAAUAGUGGAUCUGAAAAUACGUCGUCGGCAAAUGAAAAUAUAACGGAAAGAAAUGAAAACACUGCUAUAUCCACUGAUAUACUAGAACAGCAGGGUCAAAUAUCAAAUGAUGAUGGCGGUGAAGUGGAAUAUUCAAGUGAAGAAGAAAAUCCAACUAUACUGGUAACGAACGAGGAAGAGACUCUUGAGGACGUUGAAGAUGAUUUCGAGGAUGAACAGGAUGAAAAUAAUUCAAAUAUUAACCCAACAAAUUUGAGAGAAGAAAUUAACGCCGCUUUUGAUAUUCCACUUGGCAACGAAAUGCACACCUCGCUGGAGCCAACAAAUACAGAAAAUAUAGAUAACUUAAUGACUGAAGCGUCUGAACUUUUUACUACAAAUGAAUCAGUAGAGAUAGCAACUGAUAAUAUUGUACCAAGAGUCAUUAGUGUAAUGGGUACUCCAAAUCAAGAACUUGCUGCACCAACAGCUGAAGAAUAUCAUUCUGAAAAUGUUGAAACUGUCUCAGAAGACGCACCUUCUGAAAUGAAUGCUGAAGUCCGAGCUGCAUUGGGUGAUCUACAAGUUCCGGAAGGUGUAGAUCCAUCGUUUUUAGCCGCAUUGCCUGCUGAAAUGCGUGAAGAAGUUAUAAAUGAACAUUUAAGAAUGCAACGCAUACGUCAACGAGCACAACAAAAUGCAAUUCAAGUAGCACAUGAUUCUUUAAUAGAAGUUAAUCCAGAAUUUUUAGCUGCAUUACCACCAAAUAUUCAGACUGAGGUUUUAAUGCAACAACGAAUUGAACAACAACGUCAGGCUGCCUCAGCAGCUAACCCCGAAGAUCCCGUUGAUACAGCGGCUUUCUUCCAAAAUUUACCUGAGACAUUACGUCGAGCAAUCCUUACUGAUAUGGAAGAAUCACAAAUUGCAAGUUUACCUCCCGAUUUGGCUGCAGAAGCCCAAUAUUUGCGACGCGAUUGGGAGAGUCGAAACGGUUCAAAUAUAGAUACUCCUCAUGUACUUCGACGUUUUCCGUCGUCUUUACAAAAUCUCACUGAUGAUUCGAGAUGGCAUUCGAAUUAUGAUACAAUAUGGUAUGAAGCAGAGCGGACUCAACAAUCUCAGCAUCACCAGCAUACAACAAUUGUACAUCAACAUCAGCAACAAAUUCAUGGCAAGCCUAUAGCUCUGCUCUUCAUGGAGGAUGAUAAUAAUAUGCUUGAUCCAGAUUGUUUAGCAACAAUUCUCCUAUUUUUAUUUACCGAAGAUACAAAAAUCAAUUAUACUCGUUUUCAUCGAGUUAUACGCAAUUUGUGCUAUCAUGCUCCGACAAGAGCCUGGAUUAUACAGUCAUUGAUAAGUAUUAUACAAAAAACGAACGAAGAUAAAACAAAUGAAUCAGAUGGAUUUAUUGUCAAACCUAAUUGGCUUAAACUGAGGAUAGAUGCAGCGUUUGGUUAUAAAUCGAAUGUGUUUAUUAUUAAUGAAAUAACACAAAAAAAUAUUGAGGGCAAUUCAACGUCAAAUUAUAAUAUUAGUAUAAAUCCUCAAGCAGCACAGAUGGUUGUUAAGAACUGUUUGGAUUUGUUAUUUGUUUUAGCGAGGCAUUUUCCACGGAGUUUCGUUCCAUUUAAACAGGAUCAAAAGAGAAAGAUUGACCCAGGUACUGAAUCGAAUGAAAAUAACAGAAACAUGUCUAUAUCCAGUGGAUUUUCGGGAAAUACAUCAGAAGUGAACAGAGAGUCUCUCAUAAUGGAAUCAAAUAUGCAGCGCAACAGUUCUUUGAACAUUACUAAACCAUCACAGAAGACAUCAGAUUUUAAAUUAGAUGAAGGCCCAUCAACAUCAAAAGCCGCAGCUAAUCGUGGACAAAAAAAUUACUCAUCUGGAGUGAAAAGCAAGCACCACAAAAAGACCACAUAUAAUACUAACGGUAAACAAUUUUGGGACGUUAUUUUAAAAAUCGAUUUGCUUACACCUCAAAGACUUUCGAAUACGCAAGAUUUUCCACUUAUUUCAUAUCCACGAUGGGAGUGGGAAGAGCCAAAUGUCGAAUUUCAAUCAUUUAAUGACACUCAAUUUUCAAAGUUACUUGAAAUGCUGCCAUACAAAGUAAUUUGUCGAUCUCCCCAACUCACUGAUAUGCUUAUUAAACUAUUGGCCUCUCUCAGUGGAGAACUUCCCAAAGAGAGUGAUUUGGACGACAGUAAGUUGAAUAAUAAACCUUCCGAUGCAGAAGAAAAGGGUCAAAGUGCUACAACAAAUGUGGAAUCAAAACAAAAAGAAGAAUAUUAUAUCAAUACUGAAACUAAACUAUAUACUACUGGUUAUCGUGGAAAAAGUAAAUUGUACUCGAGAAACUUUUCACAAUUGCAGUUAGUUACAGAAGUGCUGACUCAUCAAUGCGGCACAGUUGAUGGGCUUGACAACAUUUCAAAACUGAUUGUAAAUUUAAGUCAAUGUUCUCAUGCUUCGAAUGCAAUAUUUCUGGAGUAUUUGUCCUCAGCAGUAUUUGGGCUGGCAAAAGAAGUUCGUUUAGCCAUACAAAAUUUACUCGAUGAAAUCCGAUCCUACAAAGUUCUCAAUAAAGUCGAUAAGGAAACUAAAUGUGGUGUAACAAUUCAAAACAAAGGUGUUCUUGAGGGAAUUAUGCAAGACCGUUUUACAUCAGAAAACGUAAUUAUUUCGGCACCGAGCAAUUUUAAACCGUCAUGUGAAUUGCAAUUACCGUCUAUAAAAAAAUUACUUUCACCUUCAUCAGCUCAAUUGUAUUUUUUGAAAACUCUUAAGAUAUUUAUACAAGUGCGUGAAGUAUUCUAUUCUGAAGAUUCUGUAGGUUUGGAUCCAGCGAAUAAAAAGCCAACUCUCAGUCAGAUAAUAUGCCUGCAAGAUCUAUGGAACACAUUAAGUGAAUGUUUAGUAGCUUUAGAAGAGUCAAAAGAUGAGUAUGCAGUUCUUGUUUUGCAACCAACUGUGGAAGCAUUUUUCUUAAUACAUGCCACAAACAAGAAAAAUGAGAAAAAACCCGCAUCUAACAUUGAAACUCAAAAUUCUACCUUAGAAGUAAUAGAAGAAGCAAAUCCCAGUCAGAGCGUUUUAACUUUAAACAACACUGAUAGAACAGAUUCAACAGAUACUCAAGGUUCAAGUGGUUCGUUCGAGUUCUUAGAAAAUGUACGCAAGUCUUGCAUACGCACAAACCCAUUGGAAGUUCAGCAACGAUUAGAUAAGGAGAACUUUUUACGUUUUGCGGAAAAACAUCGAACUGUGCUUAAUCAAAUACUUCGUCAAUCCCCGAUUCAUUUAUCGGAUGGGCCUUUUGCGGUUUUAGUUGAUCACACACGUAUUCUUGAUUUUGAUGUGAAAAGAAAAUUCUUUCAAACUGAGCUUGAACGAAUCGAUGAAGGUGUGCGCCGUGAAGAAAACACAGUAAGCGUACGACGCGUUACAGUAUUUGAAGAUUCGUUCCGUGUAUUAUAUCGCUUAGGACCAGAAGAAUGGAAAAAUCGUUUUUACAUAGUAUUUGAAGAUGAAGAAGGACAAGAUGCUGGUGGUCUACUGAGGGAAUGGUACGUUAUAAUUUCAAGGGAAAUUUUCAAUCCCAUGUAUGCAUUAUUUUGCGUUUCUCCGGGCGACAGAGUUACUUAUAUGAUAAAUCCAUCAAGUCAUGCUAAUCCAAAUCACUUGAGUUACUUCAAAUUUGUGGGACGUGUAAUAGCAAAGGCAAUACAUGAUAAUAAAUUACUAGAGUGCUAUUUUACUCGUUCAUUUUAUAAGCACAUUCUCGGAAAGCAAGUGAAAUAUACUGAUAUGGAAUCACAGGAUUAUGAAUUUUAUAAAGGCUUAGAUUAUCUUAUGAAAAAUGAUAUUUCCACUUUGGGCUAUGAACUCACAUUUUCUACAGAAAUACAGGAGUUUGGUGUUACCCAAGUCCGGGAUCUUAUUCCAAAUGGACGUAAUAUAGCAGUAACUGAAGAAAAUAAAUUCGACUACGUCCAGUUAGUUUGCCAGUUAAAAAUGAGUGGUUCAAUUCGUCAGCAAUUAGAUGCGUUUCUUGAAGGUUUUUAUGAUAUUAUACCCAAACAUCUAAUUUCAAUAUUCAACGAACAAGAACUUGAAUUACUCAUAUCUGGUUUACCUGACAUUGAUAUUGAGGACCUUAGAACUAACGCAGAAUACCACAAGUAUACAUCAAAAUCUUUGCAGAUACAAUGGUUUUGGAGAGCUUUACGCAGUUUUGACCAAGCCGAUCGAGCUAAAUUUUUACAGUUCGUCACUGGAACAUCUAAAGUUCCUCUCCAAGGUUUCGGGUCUCUUGAGGGAAUGAAUGGCAUUCAGAGGUUCCAAAUUCAUCGUGAUGACCGAUCGACCGAUAGAUUACCAUGUGCACAUACCUGUUUUAAUCAGUUAGAUUUGCCGAUGUAUAAAUCCUAUGAGAAAUUACGAAGCAGUCUACUUAAAGCAAUUCAUGAGUGCUCGGAAGGAUUUGGCUUUGCAUAAACAUAAAUUAAAUGAAAUUAAUAUUUAAAUAUAUAUAUAUCUCAUAUCACAUUUUGUCAAAGGGGUCACAAAUUAAGUAAAUGGUUUAUUGACUUAUA